AUGGCGGCAAAAAGUAAUGAAGAUGUCGAGGAUGUUAAUACAACUCGACAAUCUAUGACACUUGUGCCAGUUACAGGUGCAAUUUAUCACAAUGGGCUGGAAAAGCCUACAGAGCGAUGGAGCUUUGAGCUUGGGUUAAAUUUGUCGGAAGACAAAUUGCUUUAUACCAUUUUGAAGCGCUUGGAAAAAGGUUAUGGAAUCAAGGACAAAUGCGCCGCUUUGAAUAUUGCAAAGUUCAAGCUUCAGGUUUCAGCAAAAGAUUUUACACCGAAAUUACCUGAGUGGCCUAAAGGCAGGAUUUUUUCUAUUGACAGCCAGGAACAAUGGGAUAAUUGCUUUCCAAAAAUACUUGGGCAUGAAAGAGAACUUAUAGGUAGGCAACUUUUUACUAAUGUUACUAAUGAACUCUCUCAUAUAUAAACUUAUACAUGUGGGCCAUAUUUAAUAGUUACAUGUUUUAAUACAUAAAAAUAGUGACAUUUAUAGUGCGACUCUCAACGACGACGAUAUGUCAAUAUGUCAUAUGGCAUAAAAGUUCAAUAACUUGUUUAGUAAUACAAACAAUGUUUAUAACAGGUGUCAGGUUUAUCAGCUUCUUGGAAUCAAUUCACAAAAUCACCUAUAACCACCCAAUACAUGAGCAACGUACCCUUCAAGAAGUUGUUCUUAUAGUCCAGUUAUUUUUUUCGUUUUAGUGAAGGUCUUUGUAGUUGAAGUAGUUCAUAUGCAUGAGGUACUAAUGCAAGUUGCACGUACAAGUUCAGAGGUUUGCUCAAGUGACUCAAGUAAUUUAAAUAACAGUUCAUCUCAGAAUGCGGUGCCAACUGUGUCAACUGUGAAUAAAAAGAAGAAAGCUGGUCGCCCAAAAACCACACACAGGAAAGAAGAUGAGGAAUUGUUUAAACGUUUGCGUCACAAUCCAGAUGGCAAUGGAGUUGAAAGAAAAGAAUGGCAAAUAGCAAAGUGGGAUCAAUUCAAGUCAGGUUAGUAAAUAAGCAGACCAGUUCAAAUCACAUAAGUUCAUAUAGAUGCAAAAUGUUAUUAUUGAUAUAAAAAAGAUUGGAGCUAACAUUUUAAAGAUAUAUACUGUAGUACUACAUUCCAUGGUUUGCGUAACAGGUCAAUAAAUAUCUGUGCCAUACAUUCCAUCACUCAUUUGAGUCAGUUGAGUGGCAUUUGAAAAUACAUCUUUGGAACUGCAUUUAAAGUGAUUUCUCAAGUGUACUGGACAUAAAAAUCGACAUAUUUUGGCUGAUCAUAAAUAUCGUCACAAAUCAUUUCCAGUAUUAAAAAUAUGCAUAUUGCAUAAUCUAAAAUUAAUUAAAUAUUUCUAUCGUGAGCAUAUAUUACCUGUAUAUCUAUUUUUGUUUCUUUAGCAAUGCAAAAUAAGUUUGGUGUCCUUGCAUUAAGCGAACGAUGGAUUCAGUGUGUUUGUAAUAAGAGAAUCAUGCUUAAUAAACCGCGUGCAAUCAACUUCUUUCAAGCAAGUAAGUCAGUUAACUUAAAGCAAGAAAAACAAUAUGGGUAUGACAAAAUACUCCCAAGUAAUUAUUUGGUACAUUAAUGUAAGUACAUUGAUGUCAUUGGUGUGCCAAAAUUAGAUACACUAGACUGAAUAGAUACAAUAGAAUCAAGCUUCUUCAAUUAUUGCACUUGUGUAUUAUGUGCUUUACAGUUUUGACACUUUUCCUUGGUGACACUCUUUCUCCAUCAAUUUCUAGGGCACUGGAAAGUCUGUUGUGAAAAUAGGAGCAAAACAUCAAGACAUGACAGGAGUGGUCAGACUUCCAUUAUAGCCUGCUUCGAAAAACAGGCCAAAGAUAAGGAACAAUCUUCUCAUUCUGAAUGUGAUCCAUUGAGCAACAAUGAAAAUGACUUUGACUUGGAAAAUUCAGGAUCAGCUAUAGAUCUUGAUAAUAUGUAAGAUAUAGGGCCAUAUACUGUUAGUAUAACAGUUUAAUAAUUUAUCAGUUAUGAAAUAUAAUAUAUUAAAGAGUUGUGUUAAAAUAUUGACAAUAAAGGUGUUAGCGGGCAUGUAUUUUCUUUUAAAUUUCAGAGAAUAUUCUGAUGGCUUUUGUGAUGUGCCAGAUCUAGAGUUGUGUCUUCGUAACAAUGAUCAAGAAAUCCUUGAAAUGGAAGUGGAUAUUACACCUGAGACUGAUGAUGAUAGUUAUUCAUCGUCAUUCGAUGAAACUGAUAGUGAUGAUGGCAAGGAUGAGUUUAGAAAUAACAAAAAUUAUUUAGCAAAUGAAAUUAAAAGUGGAUUUAAACGAAUACACAUUGCGCAUGUUGACCCAGUUGCUGAGAAACUGCAGUCUUUCCUUAAUGCUGGUAUAUUUCCUAAGGAAAGCAUGUUUUAUAUUCUACUGAAAAACGCUGUCAGUUAUGUAGAUUGGUUUGCGAAAAGGAAAGAAAACCACAGUCUUCAAUUUCAGUGGGACAAUGAAGUUCUUCAGUUUCUUGAAAGCCUUGAGUAUCAUGGUGGAAGAAAGGUUGUUAACUUAUGGAGGGGACCUGGUCAUGAUGGAGAAGGUCCGUCUGGUGCCGUUUCAGGUUUUGACUGGAAAAAAUGGAACUGGCCUUUACCUGGAAAGACAACACGUGAUAAAAUGUACAGCGGAUAUUCGACAGAGAAUGGAAUAUAUGCUCCCCUUCUUCAGAGUUUCUUGCAGUUGUCAAGUGAAGCUAAUAGUGAUAUACUAACACUCUAUGAAGAUAGUACAGUUAAAAUAAUACCUGUUGCACUCGCAAAAGACGGAAUGCAACUAAAAUCUGGAUUGCUCUAUGACAGUAGACAAGGGAAAAUCAUUGGAAGUACUCUUAACUUGGAUUACAACUACAUAAAGCAAGGUGAACCCGAAAAAGUUACCCUGAAAAGUUCAAUUGUACAAGAAGCAGAAGCCAUGUGCUUAACGACUCUUGAUGCAAAGUUUUCCCUUCCUGUCGGUGUAAAUAAUUUAACCAAAGGACUUACAGCGUUAGAUACUUUCAAUAUGAUGAAGAAUGAAACACAAGAAAUAAAUGUUUGCCUUGACCAUUUGCAACACAGCAGAACUGAUAGCAUUAUCGUUCAAAAAACCUGUUGCAGUCACUGUGCAAUCUGCACUGAAUUAGGAACUGUCUGUGAUGCUUGCAGUGACAAAGGCCACACUGUUACCGAACCUGCUUUGCGACCUUGUGAUUCUUGUCUGGAAAAAGAAAUUCAGUGCAUUAAAGCAGCAGUUGUGUGUGUUUCAGAGGAUUCUGAAUCAAGAAAUUCUGGUGCACAAAAAGAGCUUGUGAGAGUAAACGACGAACAGUCUGACCCGUUUUUAUCAAUCAUAUCUCCCAUUCCUGAUGGUGUACAUGUUGCUAAGAGAAAACGGAAGAGUUUCUCAAAUUGGUUCCUGUUAGUAAAUAACUACCGAAUAAAUUUGGUUCAACUCAGGGAGCUAAGUAAUGACCACGCCUUACAUUCAAAGCUAGCACCCUUGGUACCACUUAGUGCAGUUAGGAAUCGUGAUCGUCAAGAUGUCGAAUCUAUAAUGGAGAUCUCGAGUCCAUUGGUGAGAAAGAUUCUUACAGAUAAUGCUAAAACUGUAACUCACACUGUGGUACCUGAGAAGUACAGGCUAAGGGAGGACAACAAAAGCGAGUUUUUAAGGCACCCAUUGGAACAUGCAUGGGUCUCUUAGGACACAUAUUUGUCAGUGAUGUUGUUCAAGGUAAGGUAUACAAGGUGCGAGCGAAUCACUAUCCAGCAAAUGUUACUGUGGAAAUGGAUAAUUUAGAACAUCCUAUUGGAGUUGCUGUUUUUAAAGACAUACUUUACUGUGUAGAAUCUCAACGGAACACAAUUGCAUUUAAAGAUUUAACAGGGGAGACAGUUGUCGAUGUGAACAAGUUAACUGUCGAGAAACUUAAGAAGAAGUUGAAGGACAUUGGUGCAUGGAAUGAAGAUUAUAAAAGAAAACCCAAAAAAUAUCUUCAAGAAAAGCUUAGAGAAGCCUUAAACAACAAAGUUGCUUCGGAAACAAAUCCAGCACAACAGACGACACACCGCAGAAACCACCCUUCGCAUAUUCACUUUGACGGAGAAAUCAAGCAGCCGGUGGCGUUAUGUUUUGAUCAAGAUGGGAAUAUGUAUGUUUCGACAUUCACUGGUGCAGUAUAUGUCGUGUGGCUGCAUUGCAACUUAGUUAGCUUAAAGGGAACUGUGGUAUCUUCUCUUCAACUAAAUUCUACACUUCUUUAUGGGAUUGUGUCAUUGAAUAAUGUGGUCUACGUAUCUGCACACGAAGAUAAUGGAGGAAUUUAUAAAAUUACCUUUGAUGAUGACAAUUGUGGCUUGGCUGAGAAGGUAUUGAGCAAUGGAAAUUGAUGAUGACAAUUGUGGCUUGGCUGAGAAGGUAUUGAGCAAUGGAAAUUCAUCCUGCAGUCGAGCACAUAGUUUAACAAACUACACUCACAACUCCUUUGCAUUUAGUGACACUGGAGACUCGUGCAUCAAGACAUAUAACCCAACGAACAAUCAAGUAUCUGUUAUCGUUGGUAAUGGAACAGGCACGAGGGAUGGAAGUCAAGCCCAGUUUUCCCAGCCCACAGGCAUAUGCUUUGAUUAUGAAACUUUGUUCACCGCGGAUACGUCAACAGGUACCCUGCGUAUGACAACCAACGUCAGUAGUUUGCUUGACUACUUGGAGCAUCUACAUUUAUUUGGUGAGACGUUUGGACUUCACACAAAGAAGAGUACCUCGGUAAAAGUAGGCAUAUCCCAAGCAAUUGAGAAAUUAGAACGAGUUUAUUCCUUUGACAAGAAGUGUGUUGAUGCGGUUACGAAUCUCAUUGGCACCACAGCUGUGACACAAGGACCUCAAGGAACUGAGUCAAAAGUCAAGAUCUGA